CCAGAGAAAGAGCAGGAGCAGACUGCUUUAUCAGAGAUGCCACGCCUGUCUCAGGGAGAGCUGUUCCCAGCCCAAGAGCAGGAAGAGCAGCGCAGGCAGCAGGUGGAAGAGCCACAGGAGAAUGGCCAGAACAUCAGGGCAGAGGCACAAGCAGAGCUGCCUGAAGCUCAGAGUGACAUCAUGGCAGUGAGGAGAAAGAACAAGGAUGACAUGAGAAGAGUUCAAGAGGAGAAUCUCCAUCAGCAGAGGGGCGAUCAACAAAAGCAGGUGCAAGUGUUGACACCUCACCGGGCAGCCUGCGAAGACUUCCAGCGAAUGUCUGGCCAUGAAGGGCCCCAAGUUAAGAGUGAGGCACAGGAACAGUGCCCAGCAGAAGUGCUACAGGACCAGCACAUCAUGGGCUCUGAACCUGCUGCCGCAGCAGCAUUACCUCAAGGAAGCCCUUCUGUCAAACCUGGGAACUCGAGCUCGGGCAGUUCCUUUGUCUCUCCGAAACAGCAGACUGAGAAGAGGUACCUGGAGAUGCUGGGGAGAAUGGUGAAUAUGGAAAAUCCUGCAAUGAACUACACUGAAAAGGAACAUAUUGGCAGUGGGAGUUUUGGUCAUGUGGUUAGAGCACUUAACAAUGCCACAGGAAGAGAGGUGGCCAUAAAGAAAAUAAACCUUCAAGGACUGCAGAGGAAGCAACUAACUGUUAAUGAAAUCAUGAUCAUGAAGAGGAAUAGGAAUCCCAGUGUUGUGAAUUAUUUAGACAGCUACCUUCUGGGUGAGGAAGUCUGGCUGGUUAUGGAGUACAUGGACGGAGGCGCCCUGAGUGAUGUCAUCAGUGAGACCUUCCUGUCUGAAGAUGAGAUUGCAGCCAUCAGUCGGGAGUGCCUGCGAGGACUGGAUUUUCUUCACUCGAACCACGUGAUCCACCGAGAUGUGAAGAGCGACAACAUCCUUCUCAGAACUGACGGCUCUGUCAAGUUGGCUGAUUUUGGCCUCUCUACUCAGCUCACCCCUGAGCAGAGCAGACGGCGCACAGUAGCUGGGACUCCUUGGUGGAUGGCGCCUGAAGUGGUGACAGGUCAACCAUAUGGCCCCAAAGUGGACAUUUGGUCUUUUGGAAUUGUGGGAAUUGAAAUGGUAGAACGAGAACCUCCUUACUGCAACCAAAGUCCUGCCUCGGCUCAACGCCUGAUAGCCACAGUAGGGACCCCAAAGCUGCAACAUUCCAAGCUCCUCUCAGCUUUGCUGCUCGACUUCCUGAGCUGCUGCCUGCAGACAGACGAGGAAGAGCGCUGGUCUGCCAAGGAGCUCCUGCAGCAUCCAUUUGUGACUUCAGCCAAGCCAGCAUCCAUCCUGUCAGAAGUCAUCAACUCAGUCAAGAAAAGGAAGAAGAAUUAGGAGAUGAGAAAGUUACACUUAUGUCAAGAUGUUAUCUACGUAACCAACUUAGAGUAGCAUUGUAGAGUAGAAUUCUAGAGUAGGAUUGUUGAAGAGUUUUGUACAAUAGGAUUAUAGAUUAGG